AACUGGUCGAGAACACAGAUCAUACGUUCUGUUUAGACAACGAGGCGCUAUAUGACAUCUGCUUCAGAACGUUGAAACUGACUACGCCAACGUACGGCGAUCUAAAUCAUUUGAUCUGCGCGACGAUGUCCGGUAUUACGACGUGCCUACGUUUCCCCGGACAGUUGAACGCGGAUCUACGUAAGCUGGCCGUUAACAUGGUCCCCUUCCCUCGCCUCCAUUUCUACACGCCCGGAUUCGCGCCCCUCACUUCCCGAGGGGCCCAGCAGUACAGAGCCCUCACGGUCCCCGAGCUGACGCUGCAGAUGUUUGACGCGAAGAACAUGAUGGUGGCAUGCGACCCUCGACACGGAAGAUAUCUAACUGUAGCGACUAUAUUCAGAGGCAGAAUGUCUAUGAAAGAAGUAGAUGAGCAGUUGGUUAAUAUUCAGAACAAAAAUAGCACAUACUUCGUUGAAUGGAUUCCGAAUAAUGUGAAAAUAGCGGUGUGCGACAUUCCGCCUCGAGGAUUGAAGAUGGCGUCGACGUUCAUGGGAAACACUACUGCAAUUCAGAGUAUAUUCAAGAGGAUAGGCGAACAGUUCGUGGCGAUGUUCAGGCGGAAAGCGUUCCUACACUGGUACACGGGCGAGGGUAUGGAUGAGAUGGAGUUCACGGAGGCAGAGAGCAACAUGAACGACCUGAUCUCGGAGUACCAGCAGUACCAGGAUGCUACAGCGGACGACGAGGGGGAGUUCGACGAAGAGGCGGCGGACGAAGGAAUGGAGGAAUGAAUAGUUUGGUAUUUACAUUUGUGUACGUCCUUUGUUUGUGUAAUAAAUAUAAUGCCUAUAA